UAUUUCUACCUUUUUGUCUAGAGAACCUGUAAAUCUUGUUCCAGGAGCACAGAGAGAGGGAAAACACGGACAGUUCCUGUUCACCUGCUUUGCUCUUACAAGCUCACAUUGUCUUUAAGGUCGUGUUUCAUUCGCUUAGAUUAAUAACAGGGAAAAGUUUCUCCUCGCUCACCUGCUGUGUUUUCACACUACAGUACAGACAGGCGCUCAGUAUGGUGCAGUGGAUCGGCUUUGUGUUCGUCCUGACGGCUGUCGUGUCUAAAACAGCAGAGGGGAAGAGAGAUGAAGUGCUCUACUGCUCAGCCUGCAUGGCGAUCGCUGAGGAGCUGGAAUACUCCAUUAGCCAGAUCGACCCGAAGAAGACCAUCCAUGUUGGAGGCUUCAGGCUGAAUCCUGAUGGAAGUCUCUCUGAUAAAAAGGUUCCGCUGGCUCGCUCUGAGACUCACCUGUCCGAGCUGUUGGACGGAGUUUGUAAUAACAUGAGCGAUUACGCGCUGUACGAGGACCCCGACACUAAACAACAGAGCUACAGGAGAUUCGCACCGAGGAGCAGCGACGGCGGGAACUUUCCAGAUUUCAAAAAUUUUAAAUUCUCCGGACCUGAAGGUUCAGAUUCCUUAAAGUUUGCUUGUGAAACCAUCGUGGAGGAGUUGGAGGACGACAUCAUCACUCUGUUCGCACGGGAAGACGAGCGCGUGGCCCAGAAGUUGUGCAGCGAAGUGUCAGGUCACUGUAAAAGCGCCGUGUUCCAGCACGCUGAGCUGUGAUUGAACACCGACGCUGACCAAACACCUCGAAUGCUCAGAGCCGGACCGGGCUCCGAACAGAACCGCAACGACGGACCAGAUCUCAUAAUAAACAAGCAAAGACCAGUGUAAAGUGUUUUUGUAAAGAUCCAUGACGCUGAGUUGUAAUAGUAUUUUGAUAAAGAAUAAUAAAAGUGUUUUAAACGAA